CCGACAUACGGUGGAAUCACUCGGUCAUGGACAGGAUAUACUUCACUGUGAACGGAGUCAAGUGUUACGUGGGAUGCGAGGUCAGCUCUCAUGUGACAUUACUGGACUACUUGAGAGAUUACCUGGAGUUGCGCGGUACUAAGUACAUGUGCAGAGAAGGUGGCUGUGGCGCAUGCAUAGUGUCUGUAGUCAAAACACCUGGUGCCGCGCCGACCUCCGUUAACGCUUGCUUGGUAUCGAUAACUUCUUGCUACAACUGGGACAUCACUACCAUAGAAAAGAUUGGGAACCGGCAUGACGGCUACCACCCUAUACAGAAGACCCUCGCGGAAUACAAUGGUAGUCAAUGUGGGUAUUGUUCUCCAGGAUGGGUUAUGGCUUUAUACAGCCUUCUGCAAAGUAAAAACAACCUUACCAUGUUCGAAAUUGAACAGUCAUUUGGCAGUAACGUUUGUCGUUGCACUGGAUACAGACCCAUUUUGGAUGCCUUCAAAAAAUUUGCAAAAGAUGCCCCGAAACGUAUCAAUUUGGAAGAUAUAGAAGACAUGCCCAAAUGUAAAAAGAACGGAUCGCCAUGUACUAAAAAAUGUACCGAUGAAGACGAUUGGUGCGUUAUUACAAAAGAGGAUUAUCCAAACAUAUUGGAAAUUGAUUUAAAGGACGGGAAAUGUUGGUUCAGAGUUUCAACGAUUCGUGAUAUAUUUGAAGUAUUUAAAAGAAGAGGAGUUGAAUCGUACAUGCUUGUUGCUGGGAAUACAGCAAAGGGAGCUUAUCCCAUAGACGACUACCCUUCAACAUUGAUUGACAUAAGCGGAGUAUCGGAAUUAAAAGGCUGGCAGAAGGACCAGAACUUAGUAGUGAACGCAGGGACAACACUGAGUGAGCUGUUGGACAUAUUCCAAGCCGCCAGCACAGAUGACGAUUUUACUUACAUGAGUGCAUUUUAUGAUCAUCUCCGAUUGGUUGCUCAUAUUCCUGUAAGAAAUAUUGGCACUAUCGCUGGAAAUCUCAUGAUAAAGCAUAAACAUAACGAAUUUCCUUCAGACCUUUUUCUUCUUUUUGAAACUGUCGGUGCCCAAUUGACGAUAUGUCCACGACGGGGAUUCAAAAAAACUGUGACAAUGCAGGAUUUCUUAAAAACAGACAUGAAGGGAAGCGUCAUUCUCAAUGUUCUGUUACCUCCGUUAAACAAAGAAUAUAGAGUAAAGACAUACAAAAUAAUGCCCAGAGCUCAAAACGCCCAUGCAAUAGUUAAUGCUGGUUUCCUCUACCGCAUCAGACCUUCAGACAACAUUCUGAGGCAGUGCAGAAUAGUCUACAGUGGACUUCAAUCUCCAUACACUAGGGCGACCCUCACCGAAAAGUACCUGUUUGGAAAAAAGAUUUUUACCAAUGAAACUCUCCAAGCAGCAUUGAACAUUUUAUCCCAUGAACUGGUCGCGGUAGAAAACCCACCGGAGCCUAGCCCAGCUUAUAGGAAACAGCUGGCUUUGGGGCUGUUUUAUAAGAGCCUACUUGCACUUUGCCCCGAGUCGAUUCUGAACCCUCUCUACAAAUCAGGGGCAACCAAAAUACACGAAACGAGACCAGUUUCUGAUGGCCGGCAGAUCUUUGACACCAACCCGUCUCUGUGGCCUCUCACCAAGCCCUUGCAGAAAGUAGAAGCUUUGAUUCAAUGCGCAGGCGAAGCACCAUAUACGGAGGAUUUGCCUGCAUUCCCACAUGAGGUGUUUGCCUCAUUUGUACUCUCUACAGAGGGUUCUGGAACUAUUAUUAACAUAGAUCCUUCAAGGGCUUUGAGUGAGCCAGGAGUAAUAGCGUUUUAUUCAGCUAAAGAUAUCCCAGGAUUGAAUUCUUUUACACCAGCCGACAGUGUCCUUUACUCCUCCAACGAAGAAGUGUUAUGUAGCGGCGCUAUUCAGUAUUACAACCAACCUAUAGGGAUAAUAGUAGCUGAUAGCAGACAUUUAGCUGAUAGAGCUGCUAAGAUGGUUCAUGCUACUUAUAAAAAUGUGAAGAAGUCAAUACUUGAUGUAAAAGAAGCAAAGAAAGAUCCGGAUCGGUUGACGCAGUUUGCCUCAAAUGAAGCAACGAAUACUGGCACUGAUAUCGCUAAGACGUUCAAAGGGGAGAACACGAUUUAUUCUCAGUACCAUUUCACAAUGGAGACACUGGUCUGCGUGACUCGACCAGUAGAGGAUGGUGUUGAAGUUCACAGUGCUACUCAGUGGAUGGACGGAACGCAAAUCAUGAUAUCGCGAGCGUUGAACUUAGAUUCAAACAGCAUAGAUGUUUACGUCCGAAGGCUGGGUGGUGCGUAUGGUAUAAAGAUAUCGCGCUCCACCCAACUCGCAAUAGCAAGCAGUCUCGUCGCGGUAAAACUCAACCGUCCCGUAAGAUUCAUACAGGCGCUCACCACAAAUAUGAGAGCAGUGGGAAAAAGAUUACCUUGUUCCACUGACUUCGAGGUGAGUGUGAACAAGUCUGGUGUCAUUCAACACGUGGAUUACAAAUUUUAUUCAGAUCAGGGAUACAAGAUUAAUGAAACUUUCUAUUUGCUUAUGACUGAUUUAUACUACAAUCUUUACGACAGUUCCCGAUGGACCUUCAAAGGAUACAACGUUCUGACUGACACCCAUAAAAACACAUGGUGUAGAGCGCCAGGAACAUUAGAAGCCGUUGCUAUGGCUGAAAAUAUACUUGAACGCAUUUCCUACGAACUAGAUCUUGACCCUGCUGAAGUGCGUAUUGCAAAUGUAGAUACAACAACACAUAACGAUAUAAUAGAAAUGUAUCAGACAUUAAAAUCCAAAUCUGACUUGACGGAAAGAAGAGCUGCAGUACAGAAAUUCAAUACUGAAAACAGAUGGAAGAAACGAGGCUUAAGGGUUGCUUUCAUGAGAUGGACUCCAGUAGGAGGCUUGAUCCUGGACGUGAAUUUAUCAGUGUACCAUGGUGAUGGCACUGUUGCCAUCACCCAUUCUGGAAUAGAAAUGGGUCAAGGAAUAAACACUAAAGCAAUCCAGAUUGCAGCAUAUUUCCUCAAAAUACCCGUUGAAAAAAUUAAAAUUAAAGGCAAUAAUACUAUCAUUGGACCUAAUGCAUUCAUCAGUGGUGGCAGCCUUGCAUCUCAAAAUGUUGGAAUCGGGGUACAAAGAGCAUGUGAAGAAUUAAAUGCUAGGUUGGCGCCAGUGAAAGAAGCAACACCUAACGCGACAUGGGAAGAAAUAAUUACUGCUGCUUAUAAUCAGGGUAUUGAUCUUCAAAGCCAUGGUUUCGUGAAUUCUUCAGACGCUCAGAAUUAUAACAUAUACGGCGUAUGCUUCGCUGAAGUUGAAGUUGAUAUACUGACUGGUGAGCAUGAAGUGCUGAGGGUAGAUUUGUUGGAAGAUGUAGGAAGGACCGUCAACCCUGAAGUAGAUGUUGGUCAGAUUGAAGGCUCGUUCGUAAUGGCCUUGGGAUAUUGGACUUCUGAGAACGUGGUAAGAGAUCUGACGACGGGUGAAAUUCUGACCAACCGUACUUGGAACUAUCACGUGCCACAGGCGAAAGACAUACCUCGUGAUUUUAGGGUAUACUUGAGGAAAAAUUCUUACAGCAACGACACCAUCCUGGGAACCAAAUCUGUUGGCGAACCACCGGCGUGUCUGGCAAACGUAAUAACGUAUGCUCUAAGAGAGGCCAUUACCUCAGCUCGUUACGAUAUGAAAAUACCCAAGACUCAAUACUUCGAAAUUGAUGGAUCUUGGACAUUGGACAAAAUAUGCAUGUAUUCAGAAACAAAAUUUGAGAAUUUUAAGUUUACGUAACUAAUUACAUCCUUAUUUUCAUUAAUUUUAAGAGUUUGUGUACCUUAAUCCUUCAAGCUCCGCGAAUCUAGACACAUAGAUAAUCAAUUGUUAUGACAUUAAUGAAUGCCGCCUGGGACUCAAGCGGUUAAUAGAUAAUAUAAAUAUUUAUAAUACUUCAACUAUGUUGUAUUUAAUCAACCGAGACCUAUAUUUAUGUGGGAUUGUUAGCGGAAGUAUCAAUAAUUUAACACUUCCAUUUUUGAUCGUCCAUAAUUAUACAUAAAAAACCGGCCAAAUGCGGGUCAUGUCACGCACAUUGUAGGGUUCCGUAGUUGCCUGUCGUUACCUCAGAAUAUAUUAAAAGGGCGUCUUUAUUUUCUAACUUAAUUUAUUAUUAUUGACCUCUAAUAUAACCCCUUUUAAGGAAUAACUUGAGUACCUAUCCCAAUCACCCUGUAUUAUACUCGUCAUUAAUUAAGUUUAUGUUCACAACUUUAAAUGUUUCUUCUAAAGAUUUUUAUUAGUUAUGUUAAUACAUAAGUCGAACGAAUCACUCUUAAAACUGAUCUAUAUUUUUCCGUAAAAGUUCAUAAAAACCACACGAUAACAGUCUCCAAGCAAAACCACGGACUUAUGACAUGACGUAACUAUAGGGGUUCCUUGUAAGAACUACGGAACCCUAAAAUGGCACUGUCUUAUUCAAUGUAGUUACCUAAGUAAAUAAUCAAAUACGUGCAUGUAAUCAGCAAGGAAAUUAAGGCAUUUAAAUAAAUAGAAUUGAUACUGUGUGUUUUUUUUAUUAAAACUGUUUGUAAUUAGGGAUGGGUAUUGCAGGGAUUUCCCUUUAUAAUCCAUAUUAAAUGUAUUCUUAUAUCUAUGGAAAUACAAUUAUCGAGUAGGUUUUUGUUUAUAGUUUAUGACUUGUUAAACCGUUAUUAUCUUAAUCUUAGAAAGUAUUUUGAGUGAUAUCAGAUUAAAAA